GUGAAGGCGCUGAUGAACUAUUUGGUUCUUAUGCUUACAUGCAGCGAGCACCAAACACUUUCCAUCUGCACAAAGAGAUACUUCGCCGUCUCACUCACCUCCAUCAAUAUGACGUCCUGAGAUGUGAUCGCUCCACAUCUUGUCAUGGCUUGGAGAUCAGAGUGCCUUUUUUGGAUAAG